UCGACGCAAAAGAGAUGCAUGUGUUUUGCAGGAGAUGUAGGCAAACCGUGCUCUAUGAAGAAAGCUGAGCACAGAUUACCUCUUCACUGUCAUCACCAGGAAUGACUUUUGACUCCACUCACAGGAUGGAAUGGUUGCUCCAGCGUUGGCAUAAAGAUGUUUUCUUUUGCUCCGCACUCCGGUCUUUGCUUUCUGUGACAUGCUUGCUCCUCGUUCUGAUUGUGAGUCUCUAUCCUGGCCUGUGGUCCAUUGGGGUGCGACUUCAUUCAGUCUUCACAGGAAACUAUUUAGCCGGCCACCACUCUGUCCUUGUUAUUAACAGCCCAACUGAGCAGACGGCCAAGGAUAUUGGCAGAGCCAUCAUGGAGAAGAGGCUAGCUGCCAGUAUUAACAUUCUCACAAGGACAUCUACAAUGUACAUAUGGAAGGAUGAAAUUCGUGAUGCCAGUGAAAUUCUUAUGCUUGUGAAAACAAGAACCUCCAGGAUUCAACAUGUCUUGGAAUAUGUGAGGUCUGUCCACCCGUACGCAGCCCCAGAAGUCCUCAGUAUCCUCGUGGAGGAUGGCAGCCUGGAAUACCUGAAGUGGAUGGAUGAAGUGAUUCCAGAAAACUGAUUUAUCAUUAACUCAAAGUCAUGUGCAGUAAGCAGAGUAGAGACAGGUGCUGCUGACGAUCAAACAUUAACAAAGUAGUUUUAAA